ACAAGUCGUAACUAGCAGGAAAGUGGCGUGAUAACGCGUGAUUCUCUAUGUGCUAGACGUUUACAGCUUGAACUUGCGUUAAUACUGAGGUCGUACGAAAGUUGAACUCUUGAAACAAAUAGCAAAAUGUUUCGUAUAGCGACAAAUAAGUUGUCCAAGUGGAGUUUUAAGAAUGGCAGAGCGUUCACCACGAAAACAUCUAAAACGAAUGAGACGAAGCAUAUCGAAGUGCCUAGUAGUGCGGAUAUUGUUAUAAUAGGUGGUGGCAGUGCUGGCUGCAACGCACUUUAUCAAUUAGGCAAACGUGGUGUGAAUGCAGUGCUCUUGGACAAAUCUAAGCUGAUAUCCGGCACAACAUGGCACACAGCGGGUCUCGUGUGGAGUUUACGCGGAGUAUGCGAUGUGGAAAUGGAGUUACUGAAAGUCUCGCGAUUACUUUACGCGUCAUUGCAAGAAGAAACGGGUGUGAAUCCGGGAUGGAUAAACAACGGUGGAAUCUAUAUCGCUCAUUCCCCGGAACGAGUAGCCGAGUACGAGAGAUUAGUCACUAGCUGUAAGAAUUCCGGAAUCAAUGCGUACAUGGUUGAUUCAGCUGAAGCAAAGAAGAAGUUUCCCCUAGUGGAUGACAAGGCAUUUCUGGCUGCGGUGCACUGUCCAUCGGAUGGUACCAUAGACCCCGCCAUGCUAGUGAACGCGUUGUCCAAAUCUGCAGAAAGAAACGGCUGCAAAAUCAUUGAGGAUUGUCCAGUGACGAAAAUUCUCACAGAGGAGACCGAUGGUCACAAGAGCGUUCGCGGAGUGGAGACACCAUAUGGCGUUAUAAAGAGUAAGGUCAUAUUAAAUGCCGCGGGAGCGUGGUCUGGAAAUCUAGCGCGAAUGGUGGGACUGGAUAUUCCGUUGAUACCAAUGAAACAUGCGUAUAUCGUCACCGAGCCGAUGAACGUGCAGGGAUUACCGUGCCUCCGAGAUCCUGAUUUGAGUCUUUACUUCCGCGUGCAAGGCGGGAAUAUGUGUAUCGGAGGAUACGAACCGAAUCCUAUCGUGUUGGAAUCUGCACCGGAAGAUUUCUCCUUCAGUUUGUACGAGUUGAAUUGGGAUGUAUUCAACACACACGUGGAAUCGAUGAACAAACUCAUACCCGCUUUGGCGACUGCCGGAAUAAGAACGACGGUGUGCGGUCCAGAAAGUUUUACUCCCGACCAUAGACCUAUUAUGGGUGAAGACCCACGCUGCACAGGUUUCUAUUACUCCUGCGGAUACAACAGCGCCGGGAUGAUGUUCGGUGGUGGUUGCGGAGAGCAAGCAGCCUUGUGGAUGAUCAACGGACGACCGGACAAGUAUAUGUUCAACCACGACAUCAGACGAUAUAUACCGGAGCAAAGGCAAAAUUCCGUCUGGAUAAAUGAGCGCAGUCAUGAGGCUUACGCGAGAAAUUAUGAGAUUCCUUUUCCGCAUGAUGAACAUUUAAGCGGCAGGAACUUGAAAACAGAUCCUUUCCACAACUUACUCGUCAAAGAAGGUGCCGUCAUGGAGGAACGGCAGGGAUGGGAACGUCCAGGAUGGUUCUUACCAGAUAACAAAACAGCUGCAGUUUUACCGUACGAUUACGACGGUUACUACGAUACACCAAAACACACAAAUCACGUAUACGCUGAUAUAUUGAAGGCAGAACGUACAUUCAACUUCCCGGCGCAUGAUGAUAUCAUACGAGAGGAAGCACUUUCAUGUAGAAAUAACGUCGCUUUGUUCAACAUAUCCUACUUUGGAAAAUACUACUUGUGCGGGCCAGAGGCGAGCGAAGCAGCGAAUUAUAUAUUUACGUCUCAAGUGGAUCGAGAGAUCAACAGGACUGUGUACACCUGCAUGUUGAAUCGCGGCGGAGGUGUAGAGGGAGAUUGCACGGUCACUGGUCUAGAAUCUGGCAAUGGUGGUAUCGUCGAUCCUAUAUUCAAAGGAAAAGGAUUCUACAUCGUGAGCGGAGGUAUGUCAUCGUAUCAUACUCGGAUACAUAUCAACAAAAUAAUAAGAGAAAAAGGCUUCAAUGUAUCUUUGCACGAUGUCACGGAGCAAAUAGGAGUUUUAUCAGUCCAGGGCCCGAAUAGCAUCCAAGUUCUUCGAAUGUUGACCGAGAACGAUCUUUCCAACGAAUCGUUUCCAUUCUCAACGUCGAAAUUGAUGCGAAUAGACGACGAAUUGGUGCACAUGUUUAGACUCAGCUUUGUCGGUGAACUCGGCUUCGAACUGCAUAUUCCACGAAGCUCCUGCGAAAAAGUUUACAGAACCUUAGUGGAGUGCGGCAAGAAAUAUGACAUGAAACUGGCCGGCUACAGAGCGCUGUACAGUCUAAGUUGCGAAAAAGGAUAUCAUCUUUGGAGUACAGACUUGAGAUCGACUGACAAUCCGAUCGAAGCAGGUUUAGGAUUUACUUGUCGUAAUAAUGGAGAGUAUUUAGGAAAGCUCUCUGUUGAACAAUCUCGUAAAAAUGGUAUCAAGAAAAGACUGGUGCAUUUACACAUACAUAACGACAUACCACUUUGGGGUAUGGAAAGUGUUUAUAGGAAUAAUCAAUUAGUUGGUUAUUUAAGAAGAGCUGAACGUGGAUAUACUUUAAAAAGCAGUAUUGGACAAGCAUACAUCAGAGCUCCAAAUGGACAAAAUAUUACAAAGGAGUUUCUGGAAACAGGUACUUACCAGAUUGAGGUAAUGAGGAAGAAAUAUCCUGCAAAGAUGUAUCUUCACAGUCCCUUUGAUCCACAUAACAAAAGAUUGCAAGGUAUAUAUGUGAUGUAAAGUACUUGUAAAAAUUAUUUUUUUACAAUUUGGUAUCAUCUGUAAAGUAAAUAAUUAUAUAUAUAUUUGAAUAAACACAUUGCAUUAUUUCAUA